AUGACCAAAGAAGAGCAAAACGACGAGUCGAACCUGUUCCAGAUCAUGCUGGAGCAAGCCGACGACAUUGACUUUUCCGACCCCUCCAAGGCGCCCGAAGACCAGAUCGACCCGACCGAGCUCAAAGUGCCGGGCGUCGAGGUCUCGAAGCUCUUCUGCGUUGUCUACUUUGCCCUUCUCCACUCGGAGAGCGAAGACGGCUUGUUUGCCGGUCUCGACAUGAUGAACAUGACCCAAGCGAAAAAGGCGGUUAACGGCACGUUCCAGUUCAACGUCAAGCCCAGCGCCGAGUCGGAAGCCGCCGGCGGAAAGGUGGUCCAGUUCUACGUCGACAUGCGCAAAGACGGCAAGAUCAUCAAAGGUCCCGGUCCUGCCAAGCCGAAACCGGACUGCACGCUGACGAUCAGCGACCGCGACAUGAUCAGGGUUGCAUUGAACCAGAUGAGUCCGCAGGUGGCCUUCAUGAAGGGCAAAGUCAAGGUCAAAGGCAACAUCAUGCUCGGCUUGCGCAUGCAGACGGUGCUCAUGAACGAGGUCAAGAAAAUGUCCAGGGUUGCCAAGCUGUGA